UGCAAAAGUAACAAUAGGAAUGUCUUUAAGAAAAGAUGCAAUAUUUCUUGAUUAUUGUCAUCAUGAAAAUGCAUUUGUUACAUCUUUUGAAGCAAAGCAUGAUUAUUCUUAUACAGAAAAAGAUCUGGAUAAUUUG